GAAAACAUGGCGCCCGCGCGAAGGAGGACCUAGUGCGUCUUGGCUGAGAUUUUUUGCUUCAAGGUAGAGAACUCGUUAGAAUUUCCAGAUGGUGAGUCGUUCACGUGCUCGCGGUAGAGGCUAGUGAUGUCUUCGUACACGUUCUCGCAAAAGACAUUUACUCCGGUGCCGCCUGAGAAGGGCAGUUUUCCGCUGGACCACCAAGGCAUCUGCAAGGAAAUCAUGAUGAAGUAUAUGCGUUGCUUGAAAGAGAGUAAAAACAAAAACAAGAUGUGCAAGAAUGUCGCUAAGGAAUAUCUCGGAUGUAGGAUGGAUAACGAGCUGAUGGCUCGCGAAGAAUGGUCGAAGUUGGGCUUCGUAGAGGCACCUUCGAAGCAGACGUAACGCCUGUACGACACACUCGGUGUCUGGGGAGUUGAUAUCCAAUAAAACGGAUUGCGGGUCAACGGAGAGGAUAUCUGUCCAUGAUAGUAUCAAGAUAAAGAUAAUUGGUUCUGGGAGGAAAUUAGGGAACGAAAGGGCAUACAAAGAUUAUAUACAGAGUCAGAUGAUAUAUAUACACGUAUCAGGAAUUUAAGCGAGCAAGAAUUAAGGGCAAUUCCAUAUUUUCACGUAAAGCUUAACCGUCGAUAAACUAACGGGGCAAGGUUGCAAAUAUUCCGU